AUGUUUCCCCGGCUAUGUUUCAUCGUUAUUUUAUCACAGUAUGGGGUAAUAAGCACAAUCGAUGUGAAUUUAAACGAACUGGGAUAUUUGGCUGCUCGUCUCCAACCCUUCGAGUGUCGACGCUUGAUAGCCGCGCUUCAUUACACCACUUACGAGCUACCGAAUAACUUAGCUGCAGCUGAACGUAACAUAGACAACGAGAUACCUUGCAUACGACACCUUUUGCACUGGAACAGUUCUCCAACGGAGGGUAAAGGAAAAACUCACGACGUUUUGGCGCACAGAUUACGUCAAAUAGAUCGAAAUGAUCUAGCGGACUGGUUGGGCAAAUCCGCGUUCAAGCAACUGGGGAAAGAUCUAGGGAGAGCGAUGGUGAAAGCGUUUUAUGAACUUGGCAAAGAAGAAACUGAUUUACCAGAAUUGAGACAGCAGGAAAGUGAAGAUGAACGGCGAGAUAUGGAGAUGGAAGAGAUAAGGAAGAAGUAUAAAAUGGAAAAUAGUAGCGAAGUCACUGAUUACACGCACACAGAUGACGAUACGAAUUGA